UAUGUUCUAGACAGCCCUGCUGCUGCAUUAACAAAAUUCAGAUCAUUCCACCCGCCUUCCUUCUCCUGGUGUUUAGUGCUGUAUUUCUAUUCAGAUUUUUGAGCUUUGAAACAUGUCAUACAAUGGGAAUGAUACUUGUACCUGCUUCUGCCUAUGUCUGUUAGAUCUCACAUGUGCUAACUUUUGUAUAGGUAAAUUCUAUUGCUGUUUAUAUAGUAGUGUAAAUAAUACCUGUGAGCUAAUUUUAGAAAUGCUAAGACAGAUAUGGGUUCUUCUGUGCGUUGGUAACUGCUAGCCCUGCAGGGUUGUUAUUCAGAAUGCUUUAAGACAACAAAGCAACACGUGACUGUCAGUGUUAAAUAUACUGCAAAGAGCAACACAUGAUCCAGUCAUUGCCACAUACCCUCUAUUGCCUAACAAUAACACCUAAAAAUAUGCUUGGUGAAGAGGCUAAACAAAACACAGUUAGACUGGAGUCUUGAUCUGAAAAUGUUUUGAGUAAAUUAAUCACUCAACUUUGGCAGAGUACGUCAGUCCUUGAGAUUAGAUUCUUGGCCUAGCACCUGUGCUGAACAAUAACAAUUAUGUAUAUCUUUAUGAGUUAAAAUAAAAGAUUUGUAGUUUCAGAAACAGACACAGCAUAUGACCAGCUUCUUUUCAGUCCUGCGAGACUUCCCAGCUUGCUGACAAAUGCACCCCCACACUUUGGCAAUGCAGCAUGUUCGUUAGCCAAGAUAUCAGAGCCAGUGCUUCUGGACAUGGUUCCUGGGUAGAGCUCCACUUCAGCAGUAACGGCAGCGGUAGCGGCAGCGCCGCGACGUCGACAAGCCAGGAGCAGGUGCCGGCCUCUCUUUCCAUUCACAAUGGCGACAUGGAGAAAAUCCUCCUGGAUGCUCAACACGAAUCUGGGCGAAGCAGCUCCAGGGAAAGUUCACACUGUGACAGCCCUCCUCGUUCACAGACGCCUCAAGACAGUAACAGAGCUUUGGAAAUAGAGAGUCAUAGCAGUGGAGAAAAGAACAGCUUUCAGUCUGAGGAAGAUUUUCUUGAAAGGCGGAGGGAAGUCGAAAGGCUCCUGAAGAAAAAUGCAGAUUGGAUAUGGGACUGGUCCAGCAGGCCUGAGAACAUCCCACCAAAGGAAUUCCUCUUUAAACAUCCCAGGCGCACAGCCACUCUCAGCAUGAGAAACACAAGCGUGAUGAAGAAAGGGGGCAUAUUUUCAGCAGAAUUCUUGAAAGUUGUCCUUCCAUCUCUGCUACUUUCCCAUUUGCUUGCCAUUGGACUAGGGAUUUACAUAGGGAGGCGGCUGACAACCACAGCUUCCAGCAGCACCUUCUGAGGGGAGGCGACAGCGGCUUCCUGCGGCGGCAGCGCUCACCGAGGCUGCGGGAGGAGCCGCAGAGCGCCGGGGCCCGCAGGGCUGCGAGCAACGCGGGCGGCUGCUCUGUAAAUGCUGCGUUCCCAGGUUAGCAAGCGGAGGUGCUAAAGCUACCGUGUCACGCACAGAUCAAUUCGUAGAGCAUGUUUCAGACAACUGACAGCUGUGACAUAGCUUUGUAGUGAAAUAUCCUCAAAAAGCUCCGUGUUUAAAAACGACACCCUAGCGCUCAUACAGCAAUCGUUACCCGGCUAGAUCUUACCUGAACUGCUGUUUCUUUCUACUACAUAGGUGUGAAUAUUCUUCACUGCUAAUGUAAUCAUGACAAUAAGGGACUAGUCCAAAAGAAUGUGUGGCCUUAUGUAAUAUAGACAGUAAUUCAGAGAAAGCUUUUACCUCAUUUGAGGCAACUCACUUAGCUGUUUGUUUUUUUUCAUUUUAUGCAAGAUAUUAAAUGUUAAAAGACAUGAUCAGCUUGAAGAAAUCAGCCUAUCAGUACAUUGUCAUCAAUUUCUAUUUAGUUCAGGAUAUGAUCCACAACAGCCUAAGCUAAAAUCUGAACCUUAGCAUCCAGUGGUGUUCUUUGUUGGCAAAGGCUGUUAUUUAACUCCCAACUUAGAGCUCUAAGUUUCUGUUGUUUCUUCUUGCAGCCCACUGCUUCUCAGUCCUUUUACCUGUAAAAUAAUAACUUUGCAUCUUAACUUGCCUCAUUGCUGUAUAGAUUUGAAAAGGUUUGCUUGCUUAUUUGGUUGCAUUAAAG